GUGCUUAGGACUGCGAGGGAGGGAGGCAGAGGAAGGGAAAUGCUUCCAGUGCCAGUGCUCAGGCUAUACAGAGUAAUAGCAGAGAUGGAUUAUUAGUGUCCAGUGCCUGGAGCCUUCUCAAUGGUGCCUUUCUGUGCUGCAGUCCUACCCUCCUCACUGCUGCCCCUCCAGCUCAGGUAACUGGGUACUGGGCAGCCCACUCAUGGAAGAGUGAAGGGAGCUGUGUACACAGGAGCAUGGAUCAUUGGGAGUGUGACCACAAGGGUACUGAAUUGGACCUGUGUGGAGCCUUCGACUCAGAUUGUCAGUGAGUCUGGUGGGUGGUUUUCCUGCUGGGCCGCCCGGCUCUUCGGUGGUGGUGUCAGGGACAGACGGGGAAGUGUCAGCGCAGCGACAUGCAUAAUGACGGCAAUACAGCACGGAGUACAGGAACUGGACCAAGUUACGGGGUCAUGUAGGAGGGCAGGAAUGCUAUGAAGAUGGGAAUUUUGGUGUUCAUGAGGAACUUGCUGCUGGCCCUUUGCCUCUUCUUGGUGUUGGGCUUUCUUUAUUAUUCUGCUUGGAAGCUCCACCUACUGCGCUGGGAGGAUUCACAUUCAGUGCUUCAUUCCUUUGACUCCGUUGGACACAAUUUAGGCCCAGGACGGAGAGAGAGAAAAGCUGGGAUCCCGACCCUUCCCUCAGUGGCUCCAUCGCACAUUGUGGCGGACAGAACCCAAGAAGAGCCGGGGGGCGCUCCAGAACCAUCAGACAUAAAAUAUGAUCGCCUGGGAUUUCUACUUAAAUUGGAUUCUAAAAUAUCGGCAGAACUUGCAACACGGUACGCAAACUUCUCUGAGGGCAUCUGCAAACCGGGCUAUGCUUCUGCGAUGAUGGCGGCCAUCUUUCCAAAGUUCUCAAGACCAGCGCCAAUGUUUCUCGACGACUCUUUCAGAAGAUGGGGAAAGAUCAAGGAAUACGUUCCACCUUUUGGGAUUAAAGGACAAGAUAACGUGAUCAAAGCCAUCUUGUCGGCUACAAAAGAAUAUCGUCUGACGGCGUCGCUGGACAGUUUGCAGUGCCGGCGAUGUAUCAUUGUAGGGAACGGAGGGGUGCUCGCAAACAAGUCCCUGGGAUCUAAAAUCGACAAGUACGAGGUGGUUGUCAGAUUGAAUUCUGCACCGGUGAAAGGUUUUGAGAAGGACGUGGGGAGUAAGACAACACUGAGAAUAACAUAUCCGGAAGGAGCCAUCCAAAAGCUUGAACAAUAUGAGAAAGAUUCCCUUUUUGUCUUGGCCGGAUUUAAGUGGCAAGAUUUCAAAUGGCUGAAAUACAUUGUUUACAAGGAGAAAGUGAGUGCUGCGGAUGGAUUCUGGAAGUCAGUGGCCACCCGCGUACCACGUGAGCCACGGGAUAUUCGUAUCCUCAACCCAUACUUCAUCCAGGAAGCAGCAUUCAGUUUCAUUGGGCUGCCAUUCAACAAUGGACAAAUGGGAAGAGGGAACAUCCCUACUCUAGGCAGUGUUGCUAUCACUAUGGCACUACACAACUGUGAUGAGGUGUCAGUGGCAGGUUUUGGGUAUGAUAUGAACCUUCCGAAUGCGCCUCUACACUACUACGAGACUAUCAAGAUGGCAGCCAUUAAAGAGUCAUGGACUCACAACAUCCAGAAGGAGAAGGACUUCUUACGGAAGCUGGUUAAGGCGCGUGUAAUUAAUGAUCUCACUAGCGGCAUCUGAUGGGAAACUUCGUAACAUGGACACUAACCAUUCCCAGAGCUACAGUAUUGUGAACGGACCUCGAGAUGGAAAAGCAGACAGGCUUGCAUGCCAUGAAGGUGUCUGAAAUUCCACGGGUCAGCUCAGUGGGACACAACUCAGCGGCCAUAAGAAGAGGAAGAAGCGACAACUAUUCUUAAAGAACUUUUACCUUUUUAUUUUUUAAGUAGUUCUGACUUUAAUACUGAAAAAGGACACUGUUAUCGUGUUAAAGAAGUCUAUGUGCCAAGCGUACCUCUGGUGGCUUUGGUGGGUGCGGGUGGUACAGCACAUGCAUUUUGAAUGUAUAAAGUAUUAUUUUUUAGAUGCAAGCAUGGGAGGAGAUAUGGGUAAGAAUACACUAAUACAUAUGCAGGUAAAUGCACAUACUGACAUAUCUCUGACUGCUACUUGCAGGUUCCUUCACUUGUGAAGAUAGAAAAUAUGACCGUCCAGGAAUGGGGCAUUGUUGGUGCUGCUAUUAUGUAGAUAGGCAAAUAUUUGAUCUAUCUAUAUACAGUAUCUGUCUUUGAUGAGUGUUUUUAUGUUUGAUGGGGGGUUCGGGGGGGGUAACUUGUAUACUUUAAAGUCAUCGAUCAGUGUUAGACUUGUGCCGUUGAUCAGUGUUUGAUUCCUUUACACCCAGAAGAACCAUAACAGCAGUCAGCCUAUUGGCUUGGUUCAGUCGCUGCCCUUAAGCUUAUAGGGGAAAGCAGUCUGAUCCGAGGACAGAGCAGGUUCCUUCUACCAACAUUUGUGUGACUCAUGGAGCUAUCAGCAAUACAUUUCAUAUCAGUUAGAGCCAUGGAGACAGCACUACACAUGCCACAGCUGUAUACUGAUCCUUACUGAGCAGUGACAUCAUUCCACUAGAGUGGCCGAUCUAUCAUUAAACUCCAUUCUAAGCUGGAAACACUGUAUUUC